AUGUCCCUCUCCAAAACGUUCAGUGUGAAUUGCUCAGCGGAAGGUCCCCAAACCAAUUGUUUCGGCUUUACCUCAUUCGACACUACCCAAAAAGUGAUUGUAAUGUCGUUCCGAGGAACACAGGGAGCUACACAGCUGACAGAGGAGAUUCUAGACUUUUUCACCGGCAAAAAACUGUUCUUCCCCGACGCCGGACACAUUUUCACAUAUUUCUAUGACGCCUUCUUUUUCCUAUGGAAUGGAGGACUGUCUCAGGAUAUUCGUAAUUUGAAGUAUAAAUAUCCGGGAUAUGAGUUAUGGGUCACGGGACACUCUUUGGGCGGAGCCAUUGCCUCAAUUGCUGCCUCUUAUGUGGUCCAUACUGGAUUAUUCGAUGGGAAUAAUGUGAAAUUAGUGACAAUGGGACAACCGAGAACUGGAGACUACGAUUAUGCGGUUUGGCAUGACAAAACGUUCCCAUAUUCGUUUAGAAUCGUCCAUCAUAAGGAUAUUGUACCCCAUAUUCCACCGCAAUACGGGAAAGAUGAGCUUUUCCAUCAUAGGACUGAGAUUUGGUACAACAACAACAUGUCGACCACCGAACCGUAUCACAUUUGUGCCGAAGCCGAUGGGUUAUACUGUAGCAACAGACAACUGGAUUCCUAUCCACCCGAUCAUCUGACCUAUUUCGAUAUUAAUAUGCCUGAUUGGGGAUCACAAGGAUGCCCGAAAAUGUAA